AUGUUUAAUAGGUACGAGGAGGCGCCUCCUGAGUUUGCGAGCGCUAAAACGUUGGUGUUGUGGGCCUUUUCCACUACCAAAUGUGUCCUUAAUCAAUCUCUUGCUAUAAUUGUCUUCAUUUCCAACCCCAAAUGUGUGCGUCUCUUCCACUACCAAAUGAUGUGUCUUCCAACAGAUGAAUAUAAUAUUCUUCUGGCAUAUGAAUCCGAACCUGACUUUGUUCCUGCAAAUUUUCUCUGGGAAACCUUAAUUGAAGAUGCGAAAAUUGGGAAUACAAUUGAGGAGGCCUUCACAGGUGAGUCUGGAGGGAUUUUCUGUGCAGUAUGCAACACUCACAGUUUUGGCGGUACCCGCAUUGAAGAUGAGGAUCUAUCCGCUCAUCUCAGGAGUCAAAACCAUAGAUAUGCAAUGUUUGGUAAAUCCAGUAAAGGUCUAUUUGACGUUGAGUAUAGUUUUGCCUACAAGUGGGGUACUUACCACAAACUUCUUCCAGAAAAAUUGACUCACCUUCUGAAGAAUCACCCAGAGAGGAAGGUCUUGAAGGGUACAAUCCUGUUGAUGACCAUGAUCUGUUCGAGUACGAUCCCAGGCAUGCUCAGACGAGGAUGAUGAUGAGGAGGACGAGGACAAGACAACCGAAAAAUGAGCGGCCUCUCUACCCAAGACUAGCUUUUAUCAUGUUUCCUUUUUAUCAUGUGUUUUUGACCUUUUUAUGUUCUAUUCAUGUGUUUGGUGGAAAUUAAUCCAAUACUUUGGAUGUGAAUACUGUUUUUU